CCGAAUGCGUAGGCUGUAAUGGAUGCUUUUGUCAACAGUUACAGUGCAAUAGUUAUGUUGUGUUAUGCGAGUUGGCUAUAUUUUGUAUUGAUUACUGAAGGCUGUGAAGUAUGACGCGUCAACGAAUUUGGUGGCGAUGACAAUACUAAGGUUGUUGACCAAACAUGUGCUAUUUGUUUCUAGUAUACUGUGCUACUCCAUAUGGGCUUGGGUCGUGUGUUAACUUCUCUCUCCUCAACAUUUGUGUUCUGACACAUCUGGAGUGAAAUUUGUGAAUUGUGAGCGAGUGGUAAACGUUUUGAUACUUUUUUUAUGGCAGAAAUCUACAUACACUGUGAAUGUCAUACUGCAGCAUCUUUUCGUACUGUUUUAGCGAUAUCUUACGUAUAUUUUUGUACGGCGAAACAUUGCACGUGUCGAAGGGUUUUAAACCGGACGGGAAGUGGCUCCCGUUCGGAUCAGCCUAUAGGAUAAACAAAUCUUCAGUGUUUUCCCAUGAGGUGACGUGGUCGCAGGAUGCUAGCAGAGAUAGUGUCAACACUAGCAUUGCUGUGUCUGGCAGUCGGCGACGCGUCCAUAGUCCGCACAUACAGCGAUGAAAAGGGAUUUGAACGAUUCAACCAUCUGGUGGUGGACAAGAAUACGGGACGUGUGUUUAUUGGUGCGGUUAACCGUCUGUACCAGCUGUCGCCUGACCUCGAGCUGGUCAUCAAGGAAGUCACCGGCCCCAAGGAGGACUCUCCGGAGUGUUCUGUGCUCGACUGUCCCAGCUCGGUAAUCAAAAAACUGACGGACAAUGUGAACAAAGCGUUGGUCAUCGACUACACCACCACUCGACUCAUAUCGUGUGGAAGUCUCUUCCAGGGCAUUUGCUCUGUGCGCAAUCUCAACAAUAUAUCGGACGUGACACAGGUGGUGAAGGAGGCGGUCGUGGCCAACAAUUCUACCGCAUCCACAGUUGCGUUUAUUGCUCCCGGUCCUCCCAACCCGCCUGUCACUCAGGUGAUGUACGUGGGCGUCACGUUCACUGGCAACUCACCCUAUCGGUCCGAGGUGCCAGCAGUGUCGUCUCGCAGCCUGGAGCGGGAUAAAAUGUUCAUGAUUGCUGAGACUGCAGUGACUACGGGUACACGCAUGUUUGUCAACUCUCUGGCCAGAGAACGUUACCCCAUUCACUAUGUGUAUGGCUUCAGCUCAGAAGGAUUCAGUUACUUCCUCACCAUUCAAGCUCGUACAACGAACCCGUCACCAUUCAUCUCCAAGUUGGUGCGAGUGUGCCACGAUGAUGAAAAUUACUACUCAUACACCGAAAUUCCCAUCGAAUGCAAGAUUGAAGACAAUCAUAUGUACAACCUAGUUCAGGCAGCGUAUGUUGGCAAGCCGGGUUCGGAUGUCGCAUCUGAACUAGGUAUCACUGCGCAAGACGAUGUUCUCUUUGCAGUGUUUUCAGAAAGUGAUACAUCCGAAGGGGAAAUAUCCAGCAAACCAAGUUCUAACAGUGGACUCUGUAUUUACUCACUGAAAGCAAUCCGCCGCAAGUUCAUGCAGAACAUCAAGACAUGCUUUAGUGGUAUGGGCAGUAGAGGGCUGGAUUUCAUAUCUCCUAGCCACACAUGCGUUUUAACCAAAUUGCAGACAAUUGGCGAGGACUUCUGUGGGCUGGACGUGAACACGCCUCUGGGGGGAGAAUUGGCAAUAAUGGCAGCUCCCGUGCUUGCCUUCAAUACCCACCUAACUGCCGUUGCAGCCACAUCGACAGGGGACUACACAGUUGUGUUUCUCGGCACCGCCCACGGACACUUGAAGAAGGUGGUUGUAGAAACAUCCAACACUGCCCUUGAGUAUGGUGAUUUGAUUGUGGAUGAAAAUUCACCAGUCAAUCCGGAUCUGCAUUUUGAUUCUCAGUUAAUGCAUUUGUAUGUCAUGACGGAGAGAAAGGUUUCAAAAGUGAAGGUGCAAGAAUGCAACAUGUACAAAACCUGCUGGGAGUGUCUGGGUGCGAAGGACCCGUACUGUGGCUGGUGUUCCCUGGAGAACAAGUGCAGCUUACGUAGUGAUUGCAUGGAUGCUGCUAAAGAUCCAUUGUAUUGGAUUUCAUACAAAAGUGGGCGUUGCACAACCAUCACUGCAGUCACGCCUAAUCAGUUGCAGAGAACCACAGCCAGAACGUUGGAUCUUGUGAUUGACAACUUACCAACGCUACCUGGGCAGUUCCAAUGCGCCUUCACAGCUCUCGACAAGACACUCAUAACAAAUGCUACUCGGAAAUCGUAUGGUGUAAACUGCACGACACCAAGAACAGAUUCUUUGCCAUCUAUCCCACCUGGCCAGCAUCACUUCACAGCAAAGUUAUCAGUUCGUAUGACAUCUGGCCCUGAUUUUGUAGCCACCAAUUUCACUUUCUUUGAUUGCAACACAUACAGUUCGUGCACACAGUGCGUGUCAUCUUCAUUUCCCUGUGACUGGUGUGUUGAUGGACAUCGAUGUACCCAUGAUACUGCUGAAAACUGCCGAAAUGAUAUUCUUGUUACUGGUGUUAGUCGAAUGGGACCAAGCUAUAGGAGUGGGCCUACAUUUUGUCCUACUUUGAAUGCAACUACAGGAGGUUCUACAGAAAUACUUGUGUCAUCGGGAAUAAGGAAAAGCAUACGGGUCAGAGUGCACAUCAUUGGUCAAUUCAUCGUCCAGACUCGAUUUGUGUGUCAGUUCAACAUUGAAGGUCGCGUGACAAGUGUAAAUGCUCAACUGCUGGGGGAUACAAUUUACUGUGACCCAAUGGAAUUCACAUAUACUUCACGUGCACCAAAUAUAACUGCAACAUUUGCCGUUAUAUGGGGUGGCUCUAAACCUCUGGAUAAUCCAGAUAAUAUUCAUGUGGUGAUAUACAGGUGCCGAGACAUGGCGGACAACUGUGGCAUGUGCUUAGCCUUGGCGGACAAGUAUGGCUGUGGCUGGUGCCAGGUGUCGGACCACUGCGAAGUGAAGGAACAGUGCGACCAAGGAGUCGGGGUGUGGCUGAAUCGCAACCAGACUUGUCCCAACCCUGAAGUGAUCACAUUCGAGCCCCAGCUGGGCCCCUGGGAAGGGGGCACCAACAUCACCAUUAAAGGCAUCAACCUCGGCAAAACCUUCAGCGACAUUUACGGAGGAGUCAGCGUCGCUGGAAUCAGUUGUGAACCCUACGAGCAGCACUACGUCAGAACCAAGCAGAUUGUGUGUCACGUGGAUGGGCCGGGGACCAACGAGCCCAGGCGUGGACCAGUUAUAGUUAGGGUGGAAGACUUUCGUGGGGAGUCUAAGCAGAAUUAUGAAUUUGUGGACCCAGUAAUUGAAUUAAUCAGCCCGAAGCAUGGUCCAAGAUCUGGUGGCACUUUGAUCAAAAUAACUGGAAAAUAUAUGAAUGCUGGCAGUCAUAUUCAGGCCUUCAUUGAUGAUUUGCCGUGCACAAUUAUCAGCACAAGUUCUGAAGAGGCCCACUGUGUGUCCAGUGCUUCUGAUCGACAAAGGAGUGGCAAGCUGCGAAUGAAGUUUGAUAAAGGUGAUCGAAUUUUCGACAAGUAUCUCUUUGAGUAUGUUGAAGAUCCAACCAUUGAAUCUGUUGAAUCUGGGGUUGCUGGUCAGGUAAAGAUUCCAAAAGGUAUACCAGCAGGAGGCAUUCGUAUAUCUGUUUCUGGGAAAAAUUUGGCGUACAUACAGAACCCACAAAUAUAUGUUUACUACAAAGGCAACAUGUUUUGCAGUCAAUGUGUGGUGCUGAGCAACUCCAACAUGGCCUGCACUUCGCCCACCAUCAAGGUGGAGGAGGACAUUGAUGCGGAGAAUCCUCUCAAGCUGGAGUACGGCUUCCUAAUGGACAAUGUGGCUGGGGUUCAGAAUUUGUCGGUGGACUACAAAGCUUUUCUUUUGUAUCCAAACCCAGUGUAUGAACCAUUCGACGAGGAGGUUAAAUAUUACAAGAGUGACUACUUGACAAUCAAUGGACAAAACUUGGACCGAGCUUGCCAAGAAUCUGAUGUUGUUGUGCAAAUUGGCAAUAGCUUCUGCAAUGUGACUUCGCUGUCUCGACAGCAGCUGACUUGCAGGCCACCCACUUCACAGCCUCAAUCAUUGGACGAGGAGGGUCGCGUCUACAUGCAGAACCUGCCAGAAGUGGUGGUGAUAGUAGGUGGAAUGCUUCGUUUCACUAUUGGUAAGCUGAGCUACACAACUCCGGUGGGACUGACGGGCCCUUUGUCCAAACCUGCUUUGUUUGGAGUCAUUGCAGCAAUCCUAUGCCUGCUCAUCAUCUUUGUAGCGUUCCUUAUAGCAUAUCGUCGCAAGUCAACGGAAAGCAACAGAGUGCUCAAAGACAUGCAAGAGCAGAUGGAUAUUUUAGAGUUACGUGUGGCUGCUGAAUGCAAGGAAGCUUUUGCUGAGCUACAGACGGAAAUGACGGACCUCACAGGUGACUUGACUCUAGGAGGCAUACCGUUCCUCGAUUAUCGCACAUAUGCUAUGAAAAUCUUGUUCCCAAACAUGGAUGACCAUGUUGUCCUUCAAUGGGAACGACCAGAGUUACAACGCAAAGAAAAAGGACUUCGUUUGUUUGGACAACUGGUCAUGAACAAGACAUUUCUUUUGCUGUUUAUUCGAACUCUUGAAAGUAACAGAUAUUUCUCUAUGAGAGACAGAGUGAACGUGGCAUCACUGAUAAUGGUGGCCCUGCAGAGCAAAAUGGAGUACUGCACUGACAUCCUGAAGACCUUAUUGGCCGACCUGAUAGAGAAGUGCAUGGAAGGCAAGAGCCAUCCCAAACUAUUGCUACGCAGGACGGAAAGCGUUGCAGAAAAAAUGCUGUCAUCGUGGUUUACAUUUCUUCUAUAUAAGUUUCUGCGGGAGUGUGCGGGUGAACCACUGUUCAUGCUGUUUCGGGCAGUGAAGCAGCAAGUUGACAAAGGCCCUGUGGAUGCCAUCACUUCGGAGGCUCGCUACUCUCUCAGCGAAGAAAAACUCAUUAGACAAUCCAUUGACUUCAAACCAAUGACGGUGUAUGUAUCCAUAUCUCAGCAAGCUGUUUUUGUGAGCGGGCUGGAUCCAAACACAGAUAACGUACCAGUUAAGGUUCUUGACUGUGAUACCAUUUCACAAGUGAAAGAAAAGGCUUUGGAUACAAUAUACAGAGCCACGCCUUACAGUCAGCGACCACGAAAAGAUGAUCUGGAUUUAGAGUGGCGGACAGGCACUUCAGGAAGGUUGAUUCUCUAUGAUGAAGACAGCACCACAAAAACAGAAGGCGAGUGGAAAAAGAGGAAUACAUUAAACCAUUACAGAGUACCAGAUGGAGGAUGCUUGAACCUAGUGCCUAAACAAACAUCAUUUUACAAUUUGUCAAUCUUGCCAGACAAAAUGGAUAAGUCGCACAAAUACGAAACUCUCAAUCUGUCAAAGUUCAGCUCUGCCAGUCCUCCCCUGAGUCGAGCCACGUCGCCACUCAACCAUGACCACGAUGGGGGAUUGAAGGUGUGGCAUCUUGUUAAACACCAUGAUUCUGAUGCUCAGAAAGAAGGAGAAAGAGGGAAUAAAAUGGUUUCUGAGAUAUACCUCACCAGACUUCUGGCUACCAAGGGUACGCUGCAAAAAUUUGUGGAUGACUUGUUCGAAACAAUAUUCAGUACUGCUCAUCGGGGAAGUGCCUUGCCAUUAGCAAUUAAGUAUAUGUUUGACUUUCUGGAUGAUCAAGCAUUGCAGCAUGGCAUAUCAGAUCCAGAAGUUGUUCAUACAUGGAAAAGCAAUAGUUUACCAUUACGAUUUUGGGUGAAUUUAAUAAAGAAUCCAAAUUUUGUUUUUGACAUUCACAAGUCAAAUAUUGUGGAUUCUUGUUUGUCAGUCGUAGCACAGACAUUCAUGGACUCUUGUUCCACAUCCGACCAUAGGUUGGGUAAGGAUUCUCCAAGUUCCAAGCUGCUCUAUGCAAAAGACAUUCCUGUGUACAAAGAGUGGGUGGAACGUUACUACUGUGAUAUUAAGACAAUGCAAGCAAUUUCUGACCAAGACAUGAAUGCAAUGCUUGCAGAAGAAUCUCGGUUGCAUACGUCCGAGUUCAAUACAAAUUGUGCUCUUCACGAACUCUACACCUAUGCUGUGAAAUACAAUGAACAGUUGACGGUUACCUUAGAAGAGGACGAGUUCUCUCAAAAGCAAAGGCUGGCAUACAAGUUGGAACAGGUUCAUAACAUAAUGGCAGCCGAGUCGAACCCGUGAUGGCGGCCACCCGGACCGCAGUCAGACUCUAUGUUCGAGGUCCGGUGUUGAUCACAAGCUAUUUCCAACUUGACGUAUUUGUACGUUGUAAAUACGAGACUAUGAACGCUGUAAAUAUAAUAAAGGUGGUCAAAUGGCGUGCCACUAGGACAAUGUCCCAGUUUUCAUCCAUCCAAUGCGAGGGUAUUACAAUAGGGUAUUCAACUAGUACACGUGUUUUACUGAUCUGUGAUCUUGCUGCUAGUGAAGAGUUUGUGCAACAUCGGUACCAGUGCAUUUCAUAGUGAUGGGUUAUGGCAUGAUCUUUCUCUUAAAGUGCCUCUGAUUGACGCUGCACGUGUGUGCUUGUGUUAAAGUAUGUUCCCUGCUUGGCAAUGUGGAGCUUGGCCAAAGCAAAGCAAAACUAGAGGCAGUAAACUUCAAUACCUGUACCUAGCGUGUUAUUUCCCACUCUUGUCGUCGUGGAUGCGGUAGCAUGGCAAAUAGUCGGAAUGGGCGCAAUGCUCGAACAGCCCGAACUGCCCAGGCAAGCAAAUACCCUCAGUGCUGUUUCUCACAAUCCAUUAAUGUUUUUAAUAAUAUAAACAAUUAUAAAUAACAAUGUAUGUAGUUCAUUUCUUUAUGUGUAUAAUUUUUUUGUACGCUGUUUAUGCAUGUAUGUUUAUUUCUUUACUGGCAAUUGUCCUAAUUCAUAUUGUGUGUGUAUCAUGUUUGUUUUAAGCACCAAGAUUUCAUGUUGCUUAGCACCAUAUAAUGCUUGGAGUAAGUAUUAUAUAAGUGUCCAGCUAUACUCUUAGGCUUGCCAUUUGGAUGGUUUGUGGUGUAGCACAUGUUUUGCCUGAGUGACGCAGGGCAGCCAUUGUUUCACAACACAAGCCAUAUCUCAGAGGACCAAACAGUUGACUACACGUGUGCAAACCCCCCACUCGGUGGCUGGCUGGCCGGUGCGUAUGGCUCUCAAGAGUUUAAAAGUGUGUGCAAAUGUCACAAACUAAGUAUCUAUUCAUGAGUUCAUUAAAUCAACUACUAACUAUAAUAAAAUAUAUCUUUCUAAGACUGGAACUUUUUAAUCUAAUGAUGUACUAAUAAAUGUGACUAGGGAUGCCACAAUGUUCUGUGCUUUAAAAGUAUGACAAUGAAUUUAAAUAUUUUGUUCACUACUUGAUUGUUAAAUGAUGUUACUAUAUUGUACAAGCGUUUAUAUAUUAAUGUGAACAAUGUAGGCUCCCUGGUGUCUAAGAAUACAUCAUUUCCUGUUUUAUUGACUGGAUAUGCUCAGUGUUUUGUCAAUAUAAAAUCAGUUUUUAUGCAAAAA